AUGUCAAUGGAUUCGAAUCUGAAUGUCUGUUCUACUGCGAGUAGCGGAACCGGGAAUCGUAGUACUGUCUACGUCCCUCCAAUGUCUGACAUUACUGAUAUUCCUGAAUUAUCUGUGGCGGAAGAUGAUUUAUAUGCUUCAGAAUCGGAUGGCACUAUGAUCGUCUGGAAGCGGAGCAUGACUGAUGCCCCAUUGAGCACUAGUGUACCUACUACAUCCAGCGUUCAUUGGUCGAAAAGCCGGAGCUCUGGUCUUUUGUCAUUACCACCUACAGCACUGACAGAAUUCGUCGUGAACACUACAACUUUCUACAACUUUGCCAUCUUCUACGUCCACAAACAAAAAUUUCCGUUAUGUUCUCCAUACGUUCAUCAGGCGGCAUCCGUCCGCACCUCCUGCCGUCGUCGUUUAACCGACCAAGGUUCCAGGCCUCCCAUUACUGUCGAAGCCUGUACAACGACAACUGCCUUCACUACCGAGGCACCGCCCAUCGUCAAAGUCGAAACAGGUUCAGCCGAGCUCUUCGCCGAGCGCAACGCCAGCGCCAGAAGCAAUUUCAGUUCCGAAGUCUUCGCCGGAGAUCUGGGACAACAAGUCCCUUUCGGCUAA